AUGAUUGGGAGCCUAUUGUCCGCAAUCAGUGGUCUACCGAUCAGUCUUUACCGCACUUUUGUUGUCGAACAGAGCUAUGGAUUCAAUAAACAGACGAUCGGUUUCUACGCCAAAGACCGGCUCAUGAAGUAUGUGGUGAUGCAGACAAUACUGGCCGUCAUUAUCAGUGCCACGCUUUAUAUCGUCCAACAUAGCGGUCAAUACGUGUGGCUAUAUCUGUGGUUCUUCUCGUUUGUGGUGACAUUGGUGUUGAUGACGAUAUACCCGGAUCUGAUCGCACCGUUGUUUGACUCAUUCAAACCGUUACCGGACGGAAGGCUCAAGACUAGUAUCGAGCGAUUGGCCAAAAGUAUUGACUUUCCAUUGAAGCAGAUAUAUGUCAUCGAAGGCUCCAAACGGUCGGCGCAUUCCAACGCAUACUUCUUCGGCUUCUAUAAGAAUAAGCGAAUAGUUCUGUUCGACACUCUCUUCCAAGACUUCCACAGAAGUGAUAAUAAGCGCCACAAAGAAGGCAAAGGUUUCGUGACUACAGGACACCACCGGCGGGUGGGCUGUAGUGACGAUGAGAUUGUGUCGAUUGUGGCGCACGAGUUGGGGCACUGGUAUCUGAACCACGCGCUCAAGUAUGUGGUCAUCGCGGAGACCAUACUUCUCGUGUACUUCACGCUCUUCUCACAGCUCUUCCAAAACGAGAUUCUCUUCAAUGCGUUCGGUUUUGACGACAACCGACCCGUCAUUAUAGCCGUGUAUCUCAUCUUCCGGUUCGUCUUGUGGCCGAUGAAUGAGUUGUUGUGGUUUGCGGUCAUGUGUUUCAGCCGUCACUUCGAGUCGGGCGCCGACGCCUUCGAGAAGCGCCUCAAACCGGGCGCACACAACAGGACAGCCAUCAUCAGACUCUUUAUGGAUAAUCUGGGCUCUCCUGUCAGGGAUCCACUGUAUGAGUCGUGGUAUGACUCGCACCCAACACUCCUUCAACGUCUUAAGGCAUUCAAAAGCGAGUGA